AACACUCUCGCUUGCUUGUCUGAACUUUCCUCUUUCUCUCUCUUCGUCUCUGUAUGUAGGGAUUGCUGAGAGUAGCAGCCACUCACUCACACAUCGACCAGCAGUCUCAGUAGCCAUGGAUUGAUCGGUUUUCCUCGGAAUUUCCACAAUUCCUUCGGGGGUUUUUGGGUUUCUGAGUGUGCCUUGUGAAUCUAGCAUUUGGGAAUUGGGAUCUCUUGCUUGGAUAUCUUCAUUGCGUUAAUUCAAGCUUGCUGUAAUUACCGGACCACUUAUUCAAAAGCUCAGUGUUACCCCACGGAAGUUCCAGCUUUAGCAUUAUUCUUUGACUUUAUUUGCAUACUGAAUUGUUUGGUUUGAAUUAUCCUUUGCCAUGGAUAAUACCAACUCAGUUUCUACACUGAUAGAUUGUACAACCUCUAAGAUACAACAGCUUCAGAAAGCAUUUGCUGAACUUGAGAGUCACCGGGCUGUAACCCUGAACUUGAAGUGGAAAGAACUUGAAGAACAUUUUCAUGGGCUUGAAAAAUCCUUAAAGAGGCGUUUCCAUGAGCUGGAAAGCCAAGAAAAGGAGUUCGAAAGCAGAACAGUGGAAGCCCAAAAACUGUUAGAAAAGCGGCAAGCAGCUGUUGUGGCCAAGGAACAAGCUUCACUGGAGACUCUUCAAGAGAAGCGAGAUGCUGCUAUAUAUGUUAUUACUACUGCUCGAGAGAAGCAAAGGAAGGUAUCAACUGAGGAGUCUUCUGUUGUCACUGAUGAUGGCCAGGGUGGGCCACCAAGUGUGGAAGAGAAACCACCGGAUGUGAUGGUUUCUGAAAGUAACUUUGAAGAAAUGAAAAGUGCUGAAAAUGGGAGUAUAGAGGUGAUGUCCUAUCCCCAGUUAGUGAAACUAUGUGAACAGAUGGACUCAGAAGGGCUCCACAAAUUUAUAUCAGAUAACCGCAAGAACCUUGCUUCCAUAAGAGAGGAAAUUCCACUUGCAUUAAGAGCUGCAGCCAACCCUGCCCUAUUUGUUUUGGAGUCUUUGGAAGACUUUUACCGCCUGGAAGGGCCCAAUAUGGACGGGAAGAAGGAUUCAAAUCUGUUGGGUGUCCGUCGUACUUGUAUCAUGUUGAUGGAGUGUCUGAGCAUAUUGCUAACAAACCCAGAUUUAGUCUCUGCUUCUGAUGUAAUUACGGAGGAGGUUAAGGAUCUGGCAGAAGCAAUUGCUGAAGAAUGGAAGCCAAAGUUGGAUGCUCUUGACAUGGAUGCUAGCAAUGGGAACUCACUAGAGGCUCAUGCUUUUUUGCAACUUCUUGCUACUUUUGGUAUUGCCUCUGGUUUUGAUGAGGAAGAAUUAUUCAGGCUAAUACCAAUGGUUUCACGUCGUCGCCAAACAGCUGACCUUUGCCGUUCUCUUGGAUUGACCGAGAGAAUGCCAGGUGUUAUUGAAGUGUUGGUGAGUAGUGGACGACAAAUUGAUGCAGUUAACUUGGCUUUUGCAUUUGAAUUGACAGAGCAGUUCUCUCCUGUGCCUUUACUCAAGUCCUACUUGAAAGAGGCUAGAAAAGCUUCACUGGUCAAACCUGGAAAUGCAUCUCCCACAGCACAGAAUGAAGUGAACGACCGAGAGCUGGCUGCCCUUAAGGCUGUGCUCAAGUCCAUUGAAGAACAUAAGCUUGAGGACCAGUAUCCAGUGGAUCCACUUCAGAAACGGGUUCUUCAGCUGGAAAAGGCCAAGGCAGACAAGAAGAGGGUGGCUGAAGCUGCAAAACCUCAACCCAAGAGACCUCGCGCUAACGGUGUUGGAUAUGGGCCCCGUGUCACUAAUGUUGUUGCUGACAAGACUUUCUAUCCUAGAGUUGCUGAAAAUAGGUACCCGCAGUACAUGUAUGACAGACAGUUUGUUUACCCUGGACCUGCUGACAACCACUGCCCCUCCCUGCUGGGUUCUGGCACUUACAACAUGUCUCCUGCUCAUGGCAACUACUUUGCAACUGGCUACCAGUAUCAGCCCGCAUAUCUUCACUAAUUUGAUGGCCAAAAGUCACUUAUGAUCCUCUCAGUUUAACGGUUAGUCUUUAACCCUCUGAGUUCGUUGAUGUUCCAAUGUAUGAAUGAUAUUAGUAUCCAAAAAAAGACCCAAAAAAAAAGCAAAAAAAAAUUUGUCUUGUUAAUUUGUUAGUUGGAUGUACAAGAAGAUAUUUGAUCCUCUAAUAUAUGUACUUUGUUUU